UGUAAAUAUUUCGUCCAUAUAAAAGCAAAUUGGAAAUAAAUAACAGUUUGCUUCAAACUUAAUUUUCUAAUAUCGUAGGAAAUAAAGCAGCAAUGAGCUAUGUGUUUAGAGCGUAUUCUCGACUAACAGCCUCUGGCUUGCGGCAGUUUUCCUGUCGCCGUCUUGCUAAUACAUGCACUAUACCUUCAUUUCAGAGAGAAAACCAAGUACUUAUUUCGCGGCGUCCCAUAACAAUAACCCAGCAUACAGGAAAGCCACAGCUUAACAAUGAGACGGCGAGGGAAACGAACCACAGAGACCAAGCUGUGCACGAGAAUGAGGUAAAAGAUGGAAUUGAAGAGGCUACGAAGCAGCAGAUUAGGCGCCCUUGGCAGAGGGAGGGUGCCGAUGAACCUCCUGUUAGCGAUUCGAGACGUAGUAUGAAUAAGUCCAUGACAAAGGGCAAACUUCUUACCACCCCGACCAGACUUCUAAAACUCAUACUUCCUCUUCCCGUCGACGCCACACAUGACGAACAUGGUAAUAAAGGAGAGUUCCGAUCACUGGCGCAGAAUGAAGACAUCCAACCCCUGGCGCUGCUCGUUCAUCCUCAGCAACCGCUAUCUUACCUCGAACGCCUGAUCCAAGCCGAACUUCCUGCUGUUCACGAUGCCGAAGGUCGUGAGAAGAUGCCUAGCGUGUAUUUCCUAGCAGAAGGGUCCGAGAGAGAUGAGACGGGCCAGAAGACCGGGGUAGAGAAGAAGAAGUCGAACAUCGCAUCCUAUUCGGGACUUGGGCGCGAAGGGGCCGAUACACCACAGGAGCAUAAGGAUUGGGUGCGGUGGAGCAGCAGCACUGAAAUUGGUGAUUUUAUUCGCGACGCCGCACGUGGAAGGGAGUUUGCUAUAGAGAUCACCGGUCAGAACAGCGAGUUGCGUGUUGAUGUGCCUAGCUUCAAUGACCGCACUUAUUACAUGCGUGUGCGAUUACGGCGUAUGUCCCAUAAAAUCGACGGGCCUGCCAAAAUUAAGCAUGAAUGCGAUAUGCUGGCCCAUCGCGGAGCCCAUCGCAUUGCCAAAGCUGGGUUUGUCGCUUUGGCAGGCUGGUGGGGUGCUGUGUACUUUCUAACCUUUCAUACCGAUGCCGGCUGGGAUCUGAUGGAGCCGAUCACUUACCUCGCUGGCCUAACAACCAUCAUGGGCGGUUACCUAUGGUUCCUAUUCAUGAGCCGGGAUCUCAGCUAUCAGGCCGCGCUCAAGAUCACGGUAUCGAGAAGGCAGAACAUCCUGUACCAGGAGCGCGGAUUUAACCUUCAGAAGUGGGAGAACUUGGUGCACGACGCGAACGCGCUAAGGCGGGAAAUCAGAAACAUAGCCGAAGACUACGACGUCGAUUGGGAUGAAACCAAGGAUGUCGGCGGGGAAGAAGUCAAAGAGAUACUUGAGCAUGAAGAGGAGAAGUAUGGUAGAAGAGAUCAUGAACGCGAGGACCGCGACCGCGAGAAAAACUCGAGACACAAACCGGAUGAACGUAAUGAAUCAUGAGUCAUUAUACCCAUAUAACAUACACAUACACAUACACAUAGAGCUAUACAGAAGCAUGCGGUU